UCCCUGCCCGAAGAUUUUCGUAAGGUAUUUGCUCGGAGUGGCGGAUUGGAACCAGGUGAACUAACAGGAGUUACGUUGACUAGCUAGCCAACCAAACGGCCAUACAAGGUGCUCAUGCAUUGACCAUCCUAAACAAUCAACAAAUUUUCUUCCCCAGGUGUCUGGAUAACAUACCUGUACCUCCACCCACCUGCCCAAAGAUUAUAACUAUCGUUAUACACGAUCUGUCCCCACACCGUUGUCCCCGUCUCACAUCUUCGGACUUUCUUUGAAACUGCAAGCGACAGUUUGAACAUACGAUAACUCAUAAACAUGGAUAAAACGGAGCUGAUUCAAAAAGCCAAGCUGGCGGAGCAGGCGGAGCGUUACGACGACAUGGCUUCGUCCAUGAAGGAGGUAACGGAGAAGGGUGCAGAGCUGUCAUGCGAGGAGAGGAACCUUCUCUCGGUCGCCUACAAGAACGUUGUCGGGGCCCGGAGGUCUGCAUGGCGGGUCAUCUCCGCCAUCGAGCAGAAGACAGAAGGCAGUGACAAGAAGCUUCAGAUGGUCAAGGAGUACCGGGAGAAGGUGGAGACAGAGUUACGAGACAUCUGCAACGAUGUAUUGGGGCUGCUGAGCAAAUAUUUGAUUGAAAAUGCCCCUAAUGCGGAGAGCAAAGUGUUCUAUUUGAAGAUGAAGGGAGACUACUACAGAUACCUGGCUGAGGUGGCCUCUGGAGACGACAAGAAGGAGACGAUAUCCAACUCUCAAGACUCCUACCAGGAGGCGUUUGACAUCAGCAAGAAGGAGAUGCAGCCCACACAUCCCAUCCGCCUGGGCCUGGCCCUCAACUUCUCCGUUUUCUUCUACGAGAUCCUCAACUCUCCAGAGAAGGCCUGCUCACUGGCCAAACAGGCCUUCGACGAUGCCAUCGCCGAGCUCGACACGCUGAGCGAAGACUCGUACAAAGACAGUACCCUCAUCAUGCAGUUGCUUAGAGACAACCUCACACUAUGGACGUCUGACAAUGCAGCAGAUGAGCCAGAGUCUGGAGAUGGAGGAGAGAACUGAGAUGCUCCCUGUCAACCCUCGCCAAGAAAUACAACAACAAAAAAUGAGUAAAACAAUCAUUUUUACACCUUCAUUCCUUAUUGUUCCACUUGAAAUUAUUCUAGUAAUGAAUGCCCGUUGUACAAUGGAGCUGCAGUGUGUGUGUGUGGGACAUUGAUCAUUUUAGUUUUCACCACGACUCUGCUUUUUGGUAUGAAGAAAAGCUCAAUUAAGUAAAUAAUAUUAUCGCCAUUCCUCAGUUUGCUUGUCCCCGCCUUCCUAAUGUGCAGUUUCUGCUUUAGAAAAAUAUUAGCUUCACUUUAACAACUGUCUGUUCAACAUGACAAUAUAGGAUGUGUGUGUGUCCAGAAAGAUCGGUUUUCUGAAUUUUGAAAGGCCAUUUGCAAACGGCAAGUAUCGUGCAGCCUGGGCAUAUGGUGGGGAGGGAAAGGUAUCCUAGUUAUAUUAUUCACCUCAAUGUGUUACUUUGUAGCAUGUCUGACAAUAAAAAGUUGGUACUUUAAGACAAAAAAAAGAAUGUGGAAUGACAAUAGAAUAAAUACAUGCAUGCAUGCCCCUUUAAUUUUGUUUCAAUGUACACUGGAAUGGGAAUCAAUAUUGCAUACAGAAAGUCCCGUUUUUGUUCAGUACUUUUCUUUGCAGGUUUGUGCACAUGUCAGAGGGUGUUUGGUUUGUCCAGUGAUUGUCAUUAGAGAUUGAGACCACUAGUGUUUUUGCUAAUCAUUGAUUGUAGGCCCCAAACCUUUGUGAGAAUGUUUAAUGCCCUGAUGUUAUGUAACACCUAUGUAACAUGAAUAAAAAUGACAUUUUGUAAACCAUAAUUU